CAAGAAGUAUCUCACUUGACAUUCCUACUUACCUGAGGCCUUCUAAAGGUAAGCAGAUUCUUUGUUUCUGUGGCUGUUGCAUUUGGGCUUAUCUUUACUUGUUGCUUCUUAGGACUUUGCUAUGCCAUUGCAGUAUAGUUUUUUGUUUGUGUGUGUUUGUCUUUUGUUAUUUUCAAUUCUGUAUGAAAAAUUCAGGUGCUGCUGUUGGAUCUGUCUGAAAGAGAUUUGUAAAAACCCGUGUGUGGAGGCAGUGGCAGGUAUAGGAAUGGCAUACAGUAAUCCGUGCACUCUUUCUUUCCCUUGGAAUGCUCCCCCAAACAUCGAAGAUUGUGUCUGUUAGGAAGGUGUUCCAUUACAAUCAUGUUUUAUUGCAUUAGCAUUUUAGUUUCUGCCCUGUUGCUGCUUCUCAGAUGUCAGCCCAGCAAUCAGGUGUGGGACGUGGACGUGUGGAAGAACAGAGAACAGGGAUCCGUGAGAUGAAUUGCUUCCCCUUUUUUUUGCCUCGUUUGUAUGAAAUAGUGCCAAAUGGCCUUAAAUAUUGAGCAGCCCAUCUCAAAAACAGGGCAUUGUGCUUUGUGCAGGAAGCCCAGGUGUCAAGUUUGGAGUUGGUUUGUAACUGUUGAGCUGAUCUGUAGUGGUUUUGCUGCUCUGAGCAACAGCUGGGGGUUGGUUGGCUGUGCUGUGAGAGCUGAGAGCAGCUCAGCGCCAAACCUCGCCUGCUGGGUUCCUGCUCCCGAGCUCACCCCGUUUGUCCGGCGACAGUAACACGGGGUUAAAUACAUCUCUGAUCGCAUCUCUCAGGUUUGUCCGUAUUUCAGAGUCCUUGUGAUGGUUACGCUCCUCAGAUUAGCAGGAAGCGAACACGCGUACACGCCUUACUGAUCCGCUAACGCCAGCGCUGCUCUUCUCACACCUCGCAAUGAGCAGCGAUCGCCCGAGGCUGAGCGCGGUGGGGCCGGAGCGGAGCUCCGCAAAGCAGGCGCGGCCGUUCGGGAGGCGGGGCGGGGCGGCUCCUGGCGACGAAGCGUCGCUCGGACCCGCCCCGCGGUAACGAGGCGACGGCCGAGGCGCAGCGCCCGUCCUCCUCCGCCGUUGGCGCGGGGAGGCUCGCGGGCAGGUGCCGGCAGAACGGCGGGGCGAGGGCUGCGGGCUGCCCGCUGUGAGGCGGCUGCGUGGUUGCGCAAUGGCGAAGCGAGAGCGUAAGGGUUAGAGAAGUUAGCGGGUGAGGAGGAGAUGGAGGAGGGCGGUGGAGAGGAGCUGGGCGCUGGGAGCAGCCCUCCGGGCUCGGAGCGGGGCAGCAGCCCUGCGGGAAGCGAGAGGCAGCCCAGCAGCGCCCGCUGCGCGCCGUGCGUGCUCACCGUAUCGCUCGCUAUCCCUGCAUUGGCCACCAAGCAAAAGCAGAUGACAACCAGUCCCCCUAACAGGCGAGGAAAGGGAGUUCCAGCUGAUGAACUAAGAACGAAGCGUUGCUAUCACAUUGAGUACUUCCUUUUACCAGACGAUCUCGUGCCAAGAAAAAUGGAUUUGAUGGUGUUCGGGACGGUUGCAAAGCUAUUUGGAGAGUCUGAUUCCAAGACUAUUGUGCCAUGGCUUGAAAAUGACCAGAUGUGGAUCUCGUGGAACCAUAAUACAAAUGUCAAUGUCACUAAUGAAUUUCUAAUAAAAUUAAGAGAUCAUAAAAUAACUUUAAAACUUUGGGACACCAAGGACAAAGUUUUCUCAGAAGCAAGGCUUAGUAAACCGGACGUGUCCUCAACAGAAAGAGAUGCAGAGGCUGUUGGUGGAGUAAAACACACAGUGCUGCUGCAAAGAAAACUGUUCGAAGGGAAUCAGCCAGCACCCAGCUGUACAAAAAUUAGAGAAGCAAAGGAAUCCAAGGCACAGAAAAAAUCUUCAGCCCUUCCAAUCAAAGAAGAAACUGAUCAGAGUGGACUAGGAACUUCAAGUUAUAAUGUACUACAUCCUUCAAACGCAGAUGACUUCCUUACAGUAAGAAAGAGAUUUGAGGGUAAGGCCCAACUUCCGAAACAGAAAGCAGUUGCUGCACCUUCACAUAAGACAACUUCAGAAGAAACUGGGAAAACAACCAACAAUGUGGGAAUUCCGAUGUGUCAAACAGACAAGGCAGCUGCCUUUAAUGGUAGAAGAGAUUGUGCUGCUAAAAAGGACAUGGAUACCUCUAGGGCAAACACUGCUUCUCUGCAGUUGGAUCUCAUGCCUCUCCUCUCAGGAGAAAACUCGGUGAUCAGUCGACUGGAAGAAAACAGUCCUAUUCUUUUAGAUGCUUAUGUGUCUUUCACUGUAGAAACACCUCUUCUGUCUGAAAGACAAAGGCAUGAAUUGAAUCCACUGGUAAUAAAGAUUUAUUCAGCUACCAGCCUCCCGAACACACCUAUACCAAUAGAAGUGCUACAGAGAUUGUGUGUUCCUACCUAUUGCAAAUAUAAAUUUCACAAUUUUCCAGCUCAUCAGACUCAUGGACAAAUCCACGGAACUCAUGUCUACUUUAAGGAUGUUAAUGUAUUUCUAACAGGAACAAUGAAACCUGGGGAAUUACAAAGGUAUCUUAGAGGUCCGCCUUUGGAGAUUGAAGUUCAUGAUCGGGAUAGAAAGAUUGAAGAUAACAAAAAAAAGCUAUGCUUAUUUGGGGAGGAUCAAGCUGAUGAAAAUCUGGGAGAGGCGAGGCCCCUUGCUUGCAAAUCCACAAUAUGUAAUUCUUCUACAGAGAAUGAAAUGUGGCAUCCACAUGGGGUAGCUAAAGUAAGUCUAACUGAUCUAUUGUUGGGUAAAAAGUACUUGGCUAUUAGUGCGCCCAUUCGUAGCUGUUCAACUCCAAAUACAUCUGCUUUCAAUAAAGAGGAUAAAAGUAAGAAGAUAGGGAAGAAGUAUCCACAGAUUCUAUUACCUAUGGGACAUUAUCUACAAUCAGACUCGCUUUUGAAAGUGAGAGUGGAAAUAGCAGUGCCAUUGAGAAUGCAUGCAGAAGUUGAUGAUGCUCAAGUGACAGAUUGCCCGUAUGGUUGUAUAAUCUACAUUUUUGACUACAGUAAUUCAUCUUUAUUAUAUGAUUUGGUGGAAGAAAUUACAGAAAUCAAUGCUAAAGCCCUUCAGCUGGACUGUUAUCCUCCACACAUCAUCAGAAUGGCUCUUGAUACAUUAAAACUGGAAAGCACACUAGAGAAGGAUUCUGAGUUAGAUAUUGUUACUGGCUUUCACUUACUGGAUGGAGCUUCUCAUCUCUUUGUCUUGGAGGGAUUAAAAGACAAAGCCAUCAAGAGACUCUGGGAUAGACACUUCGAAAGAACUUACAGACGUGAAGAUGGACAACUGGAAAUACUAUAUAAUUCACAGCUGUCUUUCAGUCAGCGCCUGUACACAGACCUGGAAGCAAUCUUUUAUCAUUUCCACCUCUGUAAGCCUCUCUUCAGUAUAGCAAAACAGCCUCUGCUUUAUGUCAGAGGAGCAGUUCCUUGGGCAUGUUUCCAAGCCUUGUCCAGGCUCAGUUACCUCUGUCACAGUAAGAGGUUGAGGGAUGUUAUUCAGGGGGGUUUGCUGCCCUCGGCAGAAAUGGUCACAGCACUGAGUCGAGAGUAUGGAGCUCCAUUGACUGAUGAGGAUCUCUUCACUCAGAAACCUCCUUUACUCUCAUUUUCUUCUGACUGUGCAGCACCAGGAAAUGUUAGCAGAGAGAAAAAGGGGGGAUAUUCUUCGUUAGAUGACUACAAUGAAAAAUACGUGCAGUGGAAGAAGGAAAUGGCAGACAAAAAGUCCUUUGAGAGAAACCAUAUUAGGGCUAACAUUGAUGCUGUGUGUCAGCUUAAAGGAAAGAUGAAAAAGCUGAAGUUUGAAGCUUUCAGGAUUUAUCCUGCUGAUGGCAAAUCUGUUUAUAAUUAUAGCUCUCAGAGCCUAAAUUCUGCAGAACUUGCAAAGAAGCAUCUUCGCCAGGAAAUGGCAAAGGAGCCAAAAACAAGGUUCACUUAUUGUCACGAGUAUCUUUCAGCCAUGUUUGACCCAGUUGAUGUGGUUACUGCCUGUAAGGAGUCCUUUGCAAAAUCCAAGAGUAUGUGGCUGUCACCAGAUGGAUUUGUAUUUCCUGGAUUUAAGAGCAGCAUUGAAAGCAACCUGCACCCUCGGAUGCCUGAUGAGGCACGUGUGGAGGAGUUACAAGAGAAAUGGCAGGAGAAUGCUCUGUAUGCUAACAUGGGACCAGUGCUGUCACGAGGCAGAUGGAGCUGGGACAAACGGCGUGUUGACUUCGAGCUCUACAAGAAGCCACCUGAACCCCCCCUGACAACAGAUUCACUGACAGAUGCUACUCAUUUUGUGCAAAAUGCAUUUGAUGAUACCAAGCUGAAAGUUCACCGGUGCUCCGCAGCAGCUGAGUUACGCACACGGGGGCCAGGAGCCAGUUCUCAGCUACAGAAGCUGCAAGGACUUCUGAAAGAUGAGCCUCAGAAAUUCUCACUCAGGAAGGCAGGACUCAUUUUGAAGCCUAUCCCAGCCCUGUCAGCGUUGGACUCUCAGAACAGCUCCAAUGUCCUGCCAAGAAAGAAGAGUGUUUGUAGUGGCUUUGUACCAGGCCUUCAAGACCACCACAGCCUGAAGUGGAACGACAACAUUAUCCCCUGUCACAACAGAGGGCACAAGAAGUUUGAAAAACUCAAAGGUGCAGAUUUCAAUUUACUUGGCUCUAAACAAUCAGUUUACAAGAGUGACCAAGCAGCAAGGAGAUGCACUACUACCUGUACACAACAAGAAGAUCCUCUCCAAAAUGAUAUUCUGGAUACAGGUAACUCACUACUCCAUCACAGUGUUGGGCUGUCCCCUGCACAGGAUACUGACUGGAAGACAUUUGUGCUACUAAGUUCAGAAGGACUUUUACACAAGGUCUGAAAUCUCAGGACCACUAAAAUUCAUCAGUUUGGAUUUGUCUCACAAUUAACUGUAGCAAGCUUAAUUGUUACUAUGAAACUUUACAUGAGCUACACUAUCA